AAAGGAGGAAGAGAACGAGCGAAUGAGAGUGGGAUCCGCAAAUCUCUGAGAGUUUAGUCACAGCUGCUUGUCAGCCGGGUUGAAGCACCCUUAGGAGGGCACCAUUCCAGAAGAGCGCUGUCAGGAGACAUAGCUCACGACCCUGCCACACCGAUCUAAGCUGUCAUCCGCUUUCCUCCAUACACUUUACUUUAUACGCUGGUGAGAUCAAAGGUAUACUCCGAUAGGAGUUACGGGCCCAGCACAAGAAGAACGCCGGACUUUUUUCCCCCCGUCUACUUCAAAAAAAGAUGAGGGGUUUGGCAAUGGUCUAGAGAGCCUGCAUCCUGUUUGCUGUGGUGAUGGAAUUAAAAGUGUGGGUGGAUGGUGUCCUUCGAGUUGUGUGCGGCCUUUCCGAAGACACGUCCUGCCAGGAUGUGGUAAUAGCACUGGCACAAGCAAUAGGUCAGACUGGACGUUACAUUCUGAUUCAGAAACUACGUGACACUGAGAGGCAGCUUCUGGCCAAUGAGAAACCCUUGGAGUCUCUUGCAAAAUGCGGACAAUAUGCCAACGAUGUCCAGUUUAUUUUGCGCCGCACAGGACCCAGCACGGGUGAACGGCCUUCCUCCAAUAGUGACUCUUCGGGUACUUCUGUUGGUGUUCCUCUCCCUGCCAAGCCUGCUGAAGCACCCAAGCGCAAAGAACCUAAAAAGUCCAUGACAUUCAAUUUGGGCUCCAUGGGCUCAGUUGACUUUUCUACCAAGAAAAAAAUCAAACCAGCAGAGCCAAAUGGUGGAGAGAAAAAUGUUUCUACUGUGAAUGGUCAUGUUUCCAAAGAGGAGAUUUUUAAAAAGGUGCUGGUUCAGCAGGAGCAGCUUCAAGCUCUGGAAGCCCAGAUCAAGUCCCUGGAAUCGGAGAUCUAUUCUUGGGAGCAUCCAACAACACCCAGCUUGGAAGACGAGCUUUUGAUCUUGCAGCAGACAAUCCGAUCAAACAAUGCAGUGCUGGAAGAAGAGGAAUUAUGGGUGAGUGAACUGCAAAUUGAGAAGGAGCAAGAGCACACCAUGCAAUGGAAGCUGAAGGAUCUCCACAGUACCCUGGACGAGUGCACAAGGAAACUUGGGGAUUUUAACACAAAGUCGGCUCUCCUGGAGCAAGAGAUACAACAGGAGAAUGUGGACAGGACAAAGAAAAGCAAACAGACUUCCAGGAGUCGGGCCCAGGUGGAAGAUUCUCUGGUUAGGAUUAAAGCCGAGCUAGAGAACAAAAACAAGCAGCACAGCAUGCUGGAUUAUUCCUUGAAGGACAUGGAGAAGGCAGUGAUGGAAGCGGAAUCCGUUCUGCAGGUUAAGAAAGUGGAACUUGACGAGCUGAACAAGGACCUGAGACAGUGCAACCUGCAGCAGUUCAUCCAGCAGACUGGCUCCACCGUGACAGUGUUGUACCCUCGCAGUGAACAUGAAGAUCUUCUCCAAAGAAUAGCUGAGCAUAUGCCUGCUAAUCACCGAAAUGGGGGCUCGUCGUCUCCCAAUCUGGACUCUCCACCACGACCCACAGCAAAACAGUUCCUUGGAAACCCACGCAACCUCCAGAACCCACUUGUGUCCAGCCUGAAUCCAGAGGUCCUGACCACAAGGGAGGCCACCUGGAGAUAAAAACAAACUAAAAAAACAAAAAAAAAACAAAAACCCAAACCCGGCAAGUGGAGAAAACCGUUCACAGACCUGUGACUUGUAAAUAAUUUGUUUUAUCCUCAUUUAAAUCAUCGAAUAUAUUUUGAGAAGAUCAUGCAAAACAUUUAGUUCUGUAAUUUAUUUUGUGAAACUAUUUUUUUUUUCUUUUUCUAUAAUGUUGUAUGUGCAUCAGUCUUCAAGUUUGCAUAGUCUGUUAUUUUAAAUGUGAUGUUGACUUUGUAACAAGCCCGGUGUGAUGAGAGCGGAGCAGAGCAGAACCAAAAGCCUCAGCUGCCAUCCUCGCAGUCGCAGCGUUUAAACGAGACACUCGUCCCAAAUUCAGGUAUACGUGUCUACAGGAUGGACUUUUUAUUUCGCUUGCUUUGUGAUGCAUUUCCUGUUACCUGAAAUGUCAGUCUGCUUUUAGAAUUGUCAGUUCUGUUAGAUUCAAGAUGAACCACUGUGCAUUCCUUUUGUAUUUUGACAUUUGAAAUGUAUACUUUUAUUAUUUAUGCCUCCAGACUCACCCAUUUUCUAAAACAGUAUUUAUUAAUAAACUGUAAGUAAACCCAA